AUGAAUGCCCUGCUUAACUUCCUGGAGGAUGGUCAGGUGUUCACCUCGCUAGCCAAUGUUACCGUACGGGUCACUGUCAAGGGCGACGAGAUCUGGUUCAACGACGCCAAAGUCGUCAGUCCCAAUGUAUUCCCCAAAAGGACAAACAACGGACUUAUCCACGUUCUGGACCGUGUCAUGUCCCCAAAUGCCACCGGCCCAUCGUCUUCGGAUUCGCCUUCGUCGACGGCAUCCCCAACAGGGUCUAGCACUGCCAGCCCCUCCUCAACCAGCGCACCGCCCAGUGCCGGCAACCCUGUCACAGGAAACAUUCGUGCCGCGGCAGUCAUUGCUCUCGCGGCGGGCGUACUGCUCAUUUGA